AUGGCUGGCUAUAUUCAAAUUAUUCUUAUAGGUCUGCUGACAGCAGCUGCAGCCCUUCCAUUGGAUCAGUCAUGGCAGUUAGUACCAAACGCAGACGGCUUCCUGCAUCUGGUCAAUAUCAAUCCGUAUAACCUACCAGAUGUGGACCCGAAUGAGCCCGUCCCUACUUUCGUGCCAGAAGAAGACAUAGUGUUCAGACUGUUUACCCGGAGUAACCCAACCGCGCACCAACUUUUGCAAAUUGGAAAUCCUUCCUCGAUUACUGGAUCCAAUUUCAAUUCUGCGCAUCAAACUCGCUUCACCAUUCACGGUUGGGGUGGCGGAGGCCACGAUGGCACAGGCAGCGGAUUCCGUAACGCACUUCUAGCAGUCGGCGAUUUCAAUGUGAUCACAGUGGAUUGGAGUGUCGCAGCCGGUAACCCCAACUACAUUGCAGCUCGUAACCAGGUGGGACCAGCUGGCACGGGAGUAUCGUUAUUAAUUGACGACUUAAUUGCUUACGCGGGAGCAGAUCCAAAUGACAUUUAUGUCACUGGACAUAGUUUAGGUGGACACGUAGCAGCUAAUGCUGGUAAGGGUCAAGGAGGCCGCCUACAUACGAUCAUUUCUCUCGAUCCCGCGGGUCCUUUAUUUUCUGCUGGACAAGAUGACGCAUUAUCCCCACAGGACGCACAAUAUGUUGAAACAAUUAUGACAAACGCUGGGUUGUUGGGUAUCGGGGUGCCACUGGGACAAGCUAAUUUCUAUCCAAACGGAGGACGUACACAGCCUGGAUGCGGUAUCGACAUCAGUGGAAAUUGCGCCCACGGUCUGGCAUCGACCUUCUAUAUCGAAUCAAUUGGCUCUACGGUACCGUUCCGAUCGACAAGAUGUGCAAGCCACGACGAAAUUUUGGAAGGAGUUUGCACUCCUAGCGGACCGGAUGCCAAUAUGGGAGGGGAACCGUCCAAUCACGGUCGCGGAGUUGAGGGUAUCUUCUUCCUAACGACCAACGCAGAGUCGCCCUUUGCACAGGGUUGAUUGAAUCUUAUUGUGAUAUAAAUUAUGUGUAAAUAAAAAAGUAUGUUUAGUAGCAAGUGUCAGACUAAAUUCGUUCAAUUCUAACGGUUUAA